AUGGACAGAGUGAGCCACGCCGAGAGAAAGAAAGCGGAGGAAGAACUCCGCUACUACGCCCAACACCGCGACUCACCCGCAGAAACUGAACCAGCGGUACUCAACAAGCACCCAGAUCAAGGCGCAGCAGACGAGCAACGCUACGCUGAAAAUGCACAGCCACCACUCUCCUCCGAUGAGGUCGAAAAAGCCAUUCCUAAUCCACCAAACGCCAACGCUACGACUGCUUACGAGGAACCUAAUUACAGACCAACUACGUUUGCACCCACAAAUGAAGUUCCAGGCAGCGCUAUUAGCCAAAAUGCUGUGCAGCUACAAGGCACUCACACCGGUCCUGGAAUCAGUAAGCAGGAAGCAGAGGCUACAGGCGCAGACGCUGGCAUAAAGAGGUCCCUAUCUCAACGUGAUAACCUGGGAAACCUCAAACCACACUUGCAAUUCGUUUGUGGUCCUAUGCUCAAGUAUGAUACCGUUGUUGAUAGCGUUUGGUAUGGUGCUGCUAUGAUAGUCACUGCUGACGAAGGAAGCACCUACGACCCAACCCCGAUACUUGGUUACAGCUGGAACGGUGGUCAGAAGUCCGUUAACGGCCAGCCUAUCUAUGUUUAUAGAGGACCUUCAGGUACUUUCACAUUCUGGAGGUUCAUGAUAGAUGUUCCACUAGGCGAGAGUGAGAAUGCCGUUGAGUAUGGCAUCAAUGGUGGCGCUCGUUAUGCCUUCCACGUCCCCGCUCAUUCCCAACACUUACGCUGGAUCGGUCAGAGCUGCAAUGGUUUCUCGAUGGGAGUCAACCCAGCUGACUUUAACGGUCCAUUUAGACUAUGGGAUGAUGUUUUGAGACAACAUAAGGAGAAACCAUUCCAUACCGUCGUUGGAGGCGGUGAUCAGAUUUAUUGUGAUAUCCUCAUGCGCGAGCCUGAAUUGCAGGAUUGGGUUAGUAUGGAAGAUGGUGAAGAGAAGCAGAAGAUGCCGCUAACUGAGCCAAUUGCGUUUGCUCUCGAUAGGUUCUUCUUUAAUCACUACUCCAAGUGGUUCAGAGCAGGUUCUUUCGGUGAAGCUGUUGCAAAAAUACCCCAAGUAAAUAUACUCGAUGACCACGACCUCAUUGAUGGUUUCGGCUCUUACCCGGACGAGCUUAUGUAUUCGCCCAUCUUCAAUAAAAUUGGUACAAGUGGUUACUUCUGGUAUCUCCUCUUCCAGCAGUUUACAGUUAUGGAAGUUGACGGAUCUCGCAUCACAUCUCCGCAAGGCUUCGGUGAAAUAACUUCUGCGCAAGUCCGAGCUCGACAGAAAGCGGAGGAAAACAAAGUGCCAGCGCCGAAACCGCACACAUUCAAAUCGAUGAUUAUUGGUGGCGAGGGUGUCUACAUACCAUUCCCUACACACAACACACUCACGUACCUCGGACCAAAGGUUUACAUGUUAGGACUGGACUGCAGAGCUGAGAGGAAACUCGAUCAGAUGUGCAGCAGGACGACGUGGGAUUUAUGUUUCGAAGCUAUCAAGAGAUUGCCUGAGCAAGUCGAGCAGCUUGUGUGGCUUAUCGGUGUGCCUCUCCUCUAUCCGCGAAUGGUGUUUGCGGAGAAGUUCCUCGAGUGGAAAGGUAACCCGCUCACAUUUAUCGGUAGACAUCCAUGGCUUGGGUUGAAUGGGUUUGUUAAUAAAUUUAACAAAGAUGCCGAGCUGCUUGAUGAUUUAAAUGAUCAUUGGUGUGCUAAGCAUCACAAGAAGGAACGUAAUUGGUUUAUUGAACAAUGUCAGAAAUUGGCACUCGACAAGAACCUUCGUAUAUCAUUCCUUUCUGGAGAUGUACACGCUGCUGCAGUUGGUAGAACAUACAGCAAGAAGAAGGAGCCAACUAAGGACCAUAAAUUGAUGUUUAAUGUCGUUACGUCAGCUAUCGUAAACACUCCACCACCACCAGUUGCAGCUAAAGUGGUAAACUAUCUCGCUACCAAGAAGCAUAAGAGUUUGCAUUAUAUCAAAACAGAAGAGGAUGCAGUCAAGUUGUUCCAAGUUGAUACCAAUGGAGAGGAAAGUGAUUACCCAUAUGUAAUGCCAAGGAGGAACUGGACUUCAAUAGAGUUUGACGAGAGUACUGGGAAUUUGGUAUAUGAUAUCAGAGUGGAGAUAGAGAAGGGCAGUGGAACGACGAAAGGCUACGUAAUUAACUCACCACCACCAAGAUACAAUGAGUAG